AUGGCUGCGCCCAUGGAAGUUUGUCGUGUAUGCUGUUGCGAACUUCCAAAGAAGCACAGACGCGUGAUUUUUGGAGAAACUUUCGGUGUUUUUAACCAAUUGACACAAGUCCUCGAUUAUAGUGCCCCCCCCCCCCCCAACGAUGGUCUUUCCAAAUAUGUCUGUGGAUUUUGCUUUACGAAGCUUAAUAAACUGUACAAAAUUGACAUGGAUUUGAUACAUAAAAUGGACUCUCUAAGGAGGGAAAAAAAUGAGGUCUUGGGAAUUCUUAGGGAGAAACACAAACAGUCUUUACAAAUGAAUAUAAUUAGAACUCCAAAGGCACAAGAUAAAAGAACCAUAGUGCAUUCGCCAACACCCAGAAAGACAAAAAAAUCUUUGUUUUCAACCCCCCGGAAAAAGGAACAAACAGAGGAGUGCCUGGCUAUGCAAACCAACAAUCCACCAGUAAAUCCACCAGGUAAACAACAAAAAACAACAGAUCAGAAAGAUGUGCUCAGACUUCACUUACCUACAGAGAAAGCUACUUCCAUUGACACUCAAAAACCAAUCACCAUAAAGUCCUUCACACCUAGUAAACUGAAGGUUGUGUACAAAACAAAGAAAACAAUGAAAGUAAGAACAAAACUGGUAAAAGAUUGUCAGUUAAGUGAAAUUGUCAGAGGUUUAACCAUCCACAAUGCACCAAAGAGAACAGCUCGGGCUAUCUACAAUUCACCUCUAAAAGAAGGAAUCAACAACCAAAUUAUGAAAGAACUAAAGGAAGAAAUUGGGAAACUGACAUCAAGUAUUAACUGUUCUUUGCUUAGACAAAUAGAUAGCAAAAGUCUGGCUACAUUUAGUUUUGAUAAAGUGAAUGAGGAAAUAAAGUUGUGGGCACCUUUGUUUCACCAAUGCAUGACAACAUUAACAAAUAAAAAUGCCAUGGGAGCCAUUGUAGCUUCAUGUGUACUGCUGAAAUCCAGCAACACACAUAUGUCUGCUUUCCAACAUGUCAUAGGCCAGAUUCUUGACCAUGGUGGAGCUACUGAUGAUACUAUAGAUACUUUGUCAAAGAUGGGCAUGUGUGUGUCUGCAUCUUCAUCAGCAAAAAGAAAACAUCACCUACUCAGCAGACAACAGCAGCAUAUCAAAAGAUUGCUUACAGAGCCGGCAGAGGAUGAUGAGCAAAUUACACAGAGACUCAGUAAGUCAAGUGACAUUAUAGGUGACAAUAUUGAUAUAACACGUAGUCCAUCUCAAAUGAGUGUUGACCGAAGACGACAAAGCUGGCACUGGUUUCUGCUUGUGGCAUUAGAAAAAAGAGUUGUAGAUCCUACACUUGAUGACACACAUCCUAUUGCUGACAUCAGUCAAGUGGAAAACAGUUUGUUUAUUCCAAACUUGGAAGAGUCUGCUUUCCUUGAAAACCAUUUUAUGCACCAUAUUAUGCAGGUCCUUGUCAAGUAUGCGGACAGUCUUAAUAGGUACAAGUCAUGCAUUCCCCAAUACAUAAAUCAUCCCCACCUUAACGCUAGUUGUAGAAAAUCUGACCAUGCCAUUAUUGACCUCUUAGACAAAAGUGAGAAUAAGUCAGAAGAAAUGAUUGAUAUACUACAAUAUAUUCAUGAAAAAUGUAUUGCAAGAUCAGAUUUAGAUAAUGAUACCCCUUCAAACCUAAAGAAGAGGGUAUUUGGAGGCGAUGUAUUAACCAAUGAGAGAGCAUAUGCUGCCCAAUUAGCACUUCACAAUGGUAUGACAGAAUUCAGUAAACUUCAGUGUGUCAUUCACCGACCUGAAGGGUUACAUAGGAUGAUGAAUCUGCUACUGGUAUCAUUCAUUUAUCAACAGUUCUACAGAGUGUCAUCUGCAGGAGAGCCAGGUACAUUGAGUCACCUGAGAAAUACAGUGGGGAGAGUUGAUGUCCAUGGUCCGGAAGAAGUUAUCCAAAAAUCUCAUUAUGCUUGGAUGGAUGACUGCUUGGAUUCCUUUAUUGUGGGUGCUUACAUGCAUUUGAUGGGGAUCAAGGAUCUGCAAGAUGAACCUGUAGGCCACCAGCCAUUGUUCCAUCUUCUUUCUGAUCAGGAGAAGUACACAUAUAUCCAUGGAAUAGCAAAGGAUAUUCUUGACAAAUAUGUGAAGAUUGCUGAUGAAUUUUCUUCUUCUUUCUUUUUAAAUGCAAUAGAUAUCAAUGACAUCAGAGAGAAAACAUGCGCACUUGAUGCAGAAGCAAAUCAAAUGAAGGACCUCUUUGAUAAUGAUGAGAUGAAGUAUGUGUGCCCAAAUUGUGAUAAGCAGUACAAAACAAGUGGUGGAAUAAAGAGACAUUUGAAAAAAGUCCAUGAUUUCUCUUUUGAUUAUGAAGAUCAACCACCUACUUCUGGAAGGGACCACAUUGCAAUAUACAGAGCAUCAUUUAUGAAAUGCGCAUUGCUUCUCCGAGACACAAAUGACGCAUAUAAAAUGGGAGAUGGGAACAGAGUGACAACCAAUGCGAAAUUUCAGAUGCUUCUCUCCCGUGUUGGAAAACACAACAAGUAUCAGUUAUGGCUGUUUAGGUAUUUGGCCUACAUCAAUUGCAUCUUAUCACCAAAAAUGGCCUAUGAGUAUCAGUGGAAUUGCUCUGCAAAUUUGCAAGGGGGUAUGGGAAAGAACAUUCCAAAUGAUAAUUUACUAGAAAUUAUGGUGCAAACUGUGAAGAAAAAAAUUUACUCUCAAGGAGCCAAUGCAACAUAUGCCAGUGUUCAGAAAGCUGCACUCACAACUCAAAUUCAAGAAGAAAUUAAAGAGAAUUUGCAAACACAAUGCAAUAAGAAAAAAUCAGGAUCAAGAAGACCUGAAGCAAAUAAAAUCUCAGACAUUUUGGAAAUGGUGACUGAACUGAACAAUGCCAAAAUGUUCGACUACAUUCCUGGUAGAGAAUUUGUUAAUUUCCCAGGUUUUAUUGACUUUUCCUCUCGCAUUAAAGUUGUAGAUUUGCAUGCCUGGAUUACAGAAAAUAGAGAGAGACUGUCUUACGAAGUGCUCAGUUAG